AUGGCGGAGCUGGCGCAGGGGCAAAGCGCAGCGCCCGUGGGGAUCAAGUCCGAGGGGUUUGUCGACACUCUGCACCGGGUCCGGCAGAUUGCUGCUAAAAUUGGAGAUAUUCCUCACUUGAAUAAUUCUACCACACUUGUGGACCCAUCAGUCUACGGUUAUGGAGUGCAGAAACGGCCCCUGGAUGAUGGAGUAGGUAACCAGUUAGGGGCCCUGGUACAUCAAAGGGCUGUCGUAACAGAAGAGUUCAAAGUGCCUGAUAAAAUGGUUGGAUUUAUCAUCGGCAGGGGAGGAGAACAGAUCUCAAGGAUUCAGGCAGAGUCUGGAUGCAAAAUUCAAAUUGCUCCAGACAGUGGUGGGAUGCCCGAGAGGCCAUGCGUGCUCACCGGGACGCCAGAGAGCAUUGACCAAGCCAAGCGGCUGCUGGGGCAGAUUGUAGAUCGCUGCCGGAACGGACCUGGCUUCCACAACGACGUCGAUGGCAACAGCACCGUGCAGGAGCUCUUGAUCCCGGCGUCCAAAGUGGGGCUGGUCAUCGGCAAAGGAGGUGAAACAAUUAAACAGCUGCAGGAGCGAACAGGAGUGAAAAUGAUCAUGAUCCAGGAUGGUCCUUUGCCUACUGGAGCAGACAAACCUCUCCGGAUCACUGGAGAUGCCUUUAAAGUGCAGCAAGCAAGGGAAAUGGUUCUGGAGAUCAUCCGAGAGAAAGAGCAGGCAGACUUCCGAGGCGUACGCAGUGAUUUCAGUGCUAGGAUGGGAGGAGGCAGCAUAGAGGUCUCUGUGCCCAGGUUUGCUGUUGGAAUUGUGAUAGGAAGAAAUGGAGAAAUGAUCAAAAAGAUUCAGAAUGAUGCUGGAGUUAGGAUUCAAUUUAAACCAGAUGAUGGGAUCAGCUCGGAGCGAGUGGCGCAGGUGAUGGGGCUCCCGGAUCGGUGUCAGCACGCAGCACACAUCAUCAGUGAGCUCAUCCUCACAGCACAGGAGCGAGAUGGCUUCGGGAGCUUGGCUGUGGCCAGAGGCAGAGGUCGUGGCCGUGGGGACUGGAGUGUUGGAGCCCCUGGGGGCAUGCAGGAGAUCACCUACACAGUGCCAGCUGACAAGUGUGGCCUUGUCAUAGGCAAAGGGGGUGAGAACAUCAAGAGCAUAAAUCAGCAGUCAGGAGCCCAUGUGGAGCUGCAGAGGAACCCUCCUCCCAACACAGACCCUGGAGUAAGAAUAUUUACAAUCAGAGGCAUUCCCCAGCAGAUUGAGCUUGCCAGGCACCUCAUAGAUGAGAAAGUUGGGGGUACCAGCAUGGGUGGACCUGGAGGAUUUGGCCAAAGUCCCUUCAGCCAAGCACCUGCCACACCUCAUCAAAAUGGUCCCCAGGCCUUCAUGCCCCAGGGCUGGGGCAGUACCUACCAGACGUGGCAGCAGCCUGGACAGCAAGUCCCAAGUCAUGCUGCCAGUGCUGCUUCCCAGGCCAGUUCCCAGCCCGACUACACCAUGGCGUGGGCAGAGUAUUACAGACAGCAGGCUGCCUACUACGGGCAGACCCUGGGGCAGGCUCAGGCCCACAGCCAGGAGCAGUAGAACAAGAUCCUCGUGGCAAUUUCUUUGAUUGUUUCGUUUUUAUUUU